AUGUCAUUCACGUCGCGCAGCCAGAGCUCCUCCCCCGACAUCUUGGGCCCUCCUGGCGACGCCGACUAUCUCAUUUCGUCCCCAAUAAAGCCCUUCACGGGUCGCCAGAGCUGGUUGUCACCUGCGACCGUGAAACGCCAACGAACUCCAGCGAAACGGCGGCGCGUGACGCUCAGUCCUACGAGAAGCGGGCACUCAAUUCGCUUCGACGAUGUCCUCCUCCCCGGUUCGCCGACAAUGAAACUCGAUGGUCGCCAAAGGUCGCUUUCGCCGGAGAAGUUCAUACAAGAUGGCAACGUGAGCCCAUGGCGCAUCCGAGUCACGCUCGAGGCGACGCAAGACGAGGAGAACCAGGGCAAGUUGAGCCCGUCGCGCAAACGAUUACGACCCUCGACCGUGACAACAAAGGUGCCGUUGAAGGAUGAAGGAAGUCCAUUGAAACCAAAAUCUCCCGCGAAACGACGCGGCCGCCCUCGGAAAUCAGAUAUUCAAUCGCAAAACGGCUCGCCAUGGCCUGGAAGCCCAGGAAAUACCCCAGGACCGGCAGGGGCCACGCCAAAAAGGAGACCGGCCCAAGCGCGCAAGAAUACGCCGAGGCCCCAGCCGCAAAUAAUUUCGAUGCUAGCAGACGAGCCGGAAGAGGAACCAGAAGACGAGCCACAAGAUGAGCCCACUCCAACAGUGGAGCCUGCCCAACAACAUUUUAGUCCGAUGGAUAUAACUGCUGAUGGCAGCGCGAACCCCGACCGCCAAUGGAGCCCAAUGAACCUUGCUACAGAUGGAGGGUAUGAAAGCGAUUCCCUCGGAGCGGAUGAUUUGCCUAUCGCAGAUCUUCGUGCUCCACCGUCAGCACAUACGCAGACCCAGGACAAUAAAACAGCCCGUGAAUAUGGCAGAGCCACCUACGAUACCCCGAUCAUCGACGCUACGGAACACCAUUUCCUUGAUAAUGACGAAAACAUACACUCGACCCCUUCCAAAAUGCCAUCGCCUACUCGAGAAAGAAUGGGCUCAUCCGCAAGGUCUUCACGCCUCGCUGGCAACACCGUGUCUCCACAUGACUACCCAACUCCAACCCCGACUUCCUCGCUGGCCGAUGAAGAGAAUCAUCCCGAGGAGCAGACCGUGGAGGUGAGCGAAGACCUACAACGGACGAGCACAGAUCAUGAGAACCAGACCGAGCCUUUGCCAGAUCCUACGGACGAACAUGAAGAGUUUGACUCUAUCAUGGAAAGCGAAGGAUUUACCAUGGUCUCUCUGGAUUCGUUGCCAUCAGCAAAACAAUAUGGCCUUGGAUCCAGCGCCAAAAUGAAUACAGAUAGCCCUGGGAAAGAGCGAGAGAUAGGUCGUAUUAGGGACCGUUUGAAACGCAAAUUGCCAGGGACAAUCGACAACUUCCGAAGUGAUACGCAAAGUUCGACUAGGCCAAGCCCAGUGACCGAAGCCCGCUCUCCCAGGCCACGCGCACUCGCGCGCACCAGUUUGGAGCGGCACACUGCGAAGGCGCAGGCUCCUGCUCAGGUUUCUUAUCCCGAGCUUCAUAUGACUCGUUUAACGGAGAAGCCACUAGAUAACACACCCAGGCGGACCCCAAUCAGUCUAGCCAGGGUAGUCCGUGUCGGUAUGGCCCUCCAAGGGACCUUCAAGCCCCAUGAAAAUGAAGUCCCGGGAAGUGGCAAUGCGAGUCGAAAGAAGCGUCUCGAGGGUGUCUUCAGCAGCUUUAGUCCUGCUACGCAGCGAGAAUUGCGGGCUGCUCUUGGUAUUGGGCAAGAGCUCGCCAUACGUCAAGCACUAGCAGCGGAAGAGCAAGUUAGAGCUCAAGCUGAGGAGAUAGAGGAUGAACCUGUCCCAGUGGAUGAUUAUGAUUAUCCCAUGGGAGAGACGCAAGGCGAUGAUGACCAAAGCGAAGUCGAGCAGGAGGAGAAGGGAGAGGAAGAGGAGGAUGAGCCUAUGCCAGUAUCAGUCCAAUCUCGACAGACGAAUUCUCCGCAGGUCAACACACACGACUCCAUACGAACACAGCGAGAGUUAGAGUGGCAGCGGGAGCGUGAGAUCGUUAGCCGCCAUGCCAGGGAUCCGAAAAACUCAAAAAGGCUCAUAUACAUUGAGAGUGAUGAGGAUAUCCCCCAAGAGGAUCCUAGGUAUGCCUUUGAUGGUCGUUUGCAGACUGGUGUUGAAUCUGCUGUCGAUGAACAGCCGCUCGAUGAGGAGCCAUUUGACGAGGAGGUCCCCGAUGAUGAAUCUUUCGAUGAAGAGCUGGAGAACUUUGAGCCGGAUGUUGUCCCCGUAUCCCAGCCUGUCACAACUCAAGCAAUACAUGUGGAGCAGGAACCUAUUUACGAGGAUGACGACGAUGGUUCUGAAGACAUCUGGCGUCAAGACACCUCUAAUUCCGAGCCUGAGCAUGUACUUGAACCGCUUCCUGUACAUGAUCAAAAUAUGGACAUGGAGCAAGAGGCCUUGGAUGACGAUGACGGUGAUGAUGACAUUUGGCAACUGGAGGCUCGAGAUCAAAGCCACCUCUCUCAGCAGUCCGAGAGUCGGGCCCAGAGGGACGUCGUUCAGGACCCCUCUAGCCCCUGGAGAAAAGUUGCCAGCCUCUCUGCAAAUCAAGAUCAGCUGAGCUCUUCCCCGGCCUACGUGACUCUGGAGCAUCCCGAUGGGCUACAUCAGGUACCGACGCAUAUUCGAAAGCUCCGAGAUCAGGAUGUCGAUCUUUCUGCCAUACUUGCUGAAGAGGAGACUCCCAACCGUGCUCGCUACUAUAACGGGACUAGUACACCCCGAGAAAUGCCGAAUCGCCGACCGGGGAUUCCACUUCCUUCAGCGAUGAAAUCUGCAUCCUCCACACGGAAGACUGGCCAGCGAGUUCGCCUACAGCCGAUAUCCCAGUCUAGCCCCGAAAUCGGAUCAGAGGCAGAACUCAGCUACUCUCCCGCCUUCAAACCUAACAACUCUCACCAAGAGUCGACCGACGAAGAGGCCGAUGAACCAUUUUCUGAUGCUGCUCACGAGACCGACCCCGGUUAUGCGGAUGCAGCCACCGCCACUCCGAAGCCUCCACGCCAGUCAGACCAGGAUGCCCCGGCAUCAACCUGGCUCCAGCGAAUUACCAGUCUCACACCUAGGUGGCUGAAAGCGCCCAACGGAGAUGAGGAUGACAGUUCUAGUUCAGCUUCAGCUGCUGAGGACGAAUAUGAAGAUGAUGACAAGGAGAAUCAGGUGGAGAUUGCCAACAUCGAAUUGGCACAAGAUGUUCAUGGAAACUACGAACCUGCCCAGCUUUCAGACCGUUCUAGUGAAUCACCUUCACGAUACUUGGAAGAAUCGGCUAGUCCCCCACAGGUGAAGGCACGUGGUUAUGUGCCUUCCAUUGAAGAACAAGACAGGCAUCCUUCUGCGCAAGGUGACUUUGAUGGCGGGCAAGAUGAUGUUUCAGACGUUGACGCAGAAGCCGACAUUGCCGAAGAGACCUCUUCUGUAGAAGAAGACCUGGUCGAGGCCGAUGCUGUCGAGAUGAUCAACACCAAUCAUGCCAAAUCAGUACGGCCUAGACCCCUACCAACAUUCGGCUACUUUUCGGAUGAACACUACAAGGCCCUUCGGCGCGUCUACCGAAUGGCAAAGCGCUCCCCGGAACGCUUCCCCUACCACGAGGCGCCAGGGCGUGCAGAGAUCAUCGGUGAUUGGAUUUGGACUUCAGACGGCCAUCAUGGGGUCCCCAUCACCGAAGUACAGUUUGCCAUCAUAGACCGCUUUGUGUUUGAUCUCUCGCGCGCCGACGUCGAGUAUGGUGGAAGUGGGGAAGUCGAAUGGACCGAAGCUGACCUCCAUCGGAGAUUGAUUAGCAUCAUUAUUGGCGAGCAGAUCCGAGAGAAUCAGAAAGCCAAGUCGGCCCGGGGGGCGUCUGUUGAUACAUGGCGUUGA